GUCGCAAAAGGGGCGUAAAAGCGCCGCCCGGUGCGGGGAGGUUGAGGAUCUUAUGAUUCUCUGUAACAGCUGCUACCUGCCAAAUAAAAACCCUGAGGGCUCCCAACCCAUGAGCGGGCAUCGAAACAUCAAGAGGCGAUGUGGGGAGUCGCACCUGGAAUCCCCCGCGGGCUGCGGCCACGGUCCCGCCGCUGGAUGCGUGUUAAGCAAACUCGUUCAGUUGCCUACGCCUCCCUUGUCGAAGCACCAGCUGAAACGGUUAGAAGAACACAAAUACCAGAGUGCCGGACGAUCCCUGCUUGAACCCCUCAUGCAAGGUUACUGGGAAUGGUUGGUUGGAAGAGUUCCGGCCUGGAUUGCCCCCAAUCUGAUCACCAUCAUUGGACUGUUAAUAAAUAUAUUUACAACUCUGCUAUUAGUAUAUUACUGCCCAACAGCUACAGAACAGGCACCUCCCUGGGCAUACAUCGCUUGUGCCUGUGGCCUUUUCAUCUACCAGUCUCUGGAUGCCAUAGAUGGAAAACAAGCGAGAAGGACAAAUAGCAGUACUCCGUUAGGAGAACUUUUUGAUCAUGGCUGUGAUUCGCUUUCCACAGUCUUUGUGGUUUUGGGAACUUGUAUUGCUGUGCAGCUGGGGACGAACCCUGACUGGAUGUUCUUUUGUUGUUUUGCUGGGACGUUCAUGUUUUACUGCGCGCACUGGCAGACCUACGUCUCUGGAACGUUGCGUUUUGGCAUAUUUGAUGUUACGGAGUCUGUGCUCUGUACAGUCGCGAUCCACCUCCUCACGGCAUCUCUGGGGCCCUGGUUCUGGAAUUACACG